ACGACGACGAGGACAACAAAUUAUAAAUUAAAUAAAUUAAGAGAUCAGGCGAGGAUUCCGAAUAGUCACUACCCUUUGAAGGCGUGGUACAACACCCUCAUAGAGCUCAUCAGAUCCGCUCAGUUGGAACACCAGAUUGGUAACAAUAGCCAGGCUUUUGUCUUGUGGUUGAGAGCUGCAGGCGUCGCUGACAUCCUAUCAAAACACCCAGAGCUCAGAUCCAGACGUGAUCAGCUAUCCUCACAAAUUACGACAUUUCUAUCUACCAACGUACCUUUAAUCAUAGAAUCAGCUGGCACUCUAGAGGCUAUCCUUAGAUCCGAGUUGGAUUUCUCUUAUCAAUCUGACGACGACUACAAUAGACCCUCAACUAGCAACAAUUAUGCUGAUAAUUGGGAAGUUAUCCCUUCCGCCAUACCCAAUAAUACUUCAAUUGAAACGAUCGACCCUCACAAACUAUACAAGUACCUUUCGAGUACCACUUUUGGUGAUUUAGCCACACUCCUCCUCGAUUGUCGCCCUUUGGAUGACUACAAGCGGCGGCGCAUCAAUUUACAUCCACCAGGUGGAAAAGGUAGAGCAGGCGUUGUCUGGAUUGAUCCAAAUUCUCUCACUCCUGAUCUCACCCCGGCAACCCUCGAAAGGAUCGUGAAGUCAAGCUCCAGUCGUGGUCACUCGGUCUUUCAAAAAAGAAGCCUAUUUGAAUGCGUCGUGAUAUUUGACAACGACUCGGGGGCUACGAUUCCUCCUACCCUUACGAGAUUAGCUGAUAACCUUCACGAUUUACAGCAUCCUCCAGUUGUUCUCAAAGGUGGUUUUCAAGCAUAUGAGAAACUCAUAGGCGACGUCGGCGUUGAAGAUACUGGAUCAUCGUCAAACUCACGAAAGAGAUUCGAAGUACCAACCCCAGAGUUACUCGCCAAUGCAGGAAGGAGUGUUUCGGCAGCCCCUGAUAUUGGUAAACGUAACUCCAGUGUACUUAUGCAAUCACCAUCAUAUCAAUCAAACCAGUCAAUUGAUUACCUAUCCUAUCAACCACCUCCACAGCCAGCUUCACAAGUACUUGUCACCGAUCGGUCGCAAUUGCCUACACCUCCGAUACCAUCCCGCCGUCCACCUCACACCCGCAGACGGAGUGAUCAAGUUGACACAGAACCUUACUCUGGCUAUAGGCCUCGCCUUUCUAUUGAUUAUCCAAGUAUAUCAAAAGACCAAUCAAUCAUGAGAACUUCCACAAGUACACCAAAGUUACCUCCACCAACGGCUCAGCCAUUGUCGCCUGCUACCAAUGGUGGUUUACAAUUUAAUUACCCAACUCAGAAUACUCAAGAGGCUGUUAAGAAUCAACAACAUCUUUUUAAAGCUAGUUAUUGGCAUGGUGAUGUCACCGGUUUAACAGGAUUGAAAAAUCUUGGUAAUACCUGCUACAUGAAUUCAACACUACAAUGCUUAUCAGCAACGAUACCCUUCGCUCGUUUCUUCACAAGUGGUGUAUGGAGACGUUUCGUAAAUCAUAAUAACAAAAUGGGUAUGCAGGGACGCCUGGCGGAGUCAUUUUCUCAGAUUUUGACUCAUAUGUGGCGUGAACAAUACACAUUCAUUAGUCCAAUGACGUUUAGAAAGAAUAUAUGCACCUUUGCAAAUCAGUUCAUAGGUACUGAUCAACAUGACGCUCAGGAAUUUUUGUCUUUCCUCCUUGAUGGUCUUCAUGAGGACCUCAUGGUUGGCGAAGGACAAAAGCCGACGGAGGAUACCAACAAUGAUGCCCUUGAGUCAUUGCCUACACCCCUUGGUUCAGAAAGAGAAUGGAAGCGAUAUAAGCAAAUGAAUGAUAGUGUAAUAGUAGAUUACUUCCAAGGACAGUUUAGGAAUAGAAUGGAAUGUAUGAGUUGUCAUAAAACAAGCACAACUUACAACUCUUUCAUGUAUUUAUCACUUCCAGUUCCAACGAAGAAACUCAAAGGUAGUGUCUCCUUGACUACCUGUUUGGACUCCUUUCUCAAAGAUGAAGUUAUGGAGAAGGAUAACGCAUGGAAUUGUCCAAAUUGUAAAGUAGCAAGAAAGUCAAUAAAAAGAUUAUCAAUUGCUCGCCUUCCACCUAUCCUUCUAAUUCAAUUAAAACGCUUCUCAUUCAAUGGACCAUUCAGUGAUAAAAUUGAAACAUUGGUGACAUACCCCCUCAAGAAUUUUAACCUUACACCGUACACACCUCACAUGGCGAAUCAAUAUUAUGGAAUUACGAACAAAGAUGAUCCAACACUUCAACAUCCGCCAUUUAUUUAUGAACUUUAUGGCGUUACAAACCACUAUGGUAGCCUUCAAUCUGGACAUUACACUGCUAAU